AUCUUGGGUACACUUAGCUGGACAAAAUGAUCUCAGUUACAAGUCUUGUGAUCAUCAGCUGCGCACUGGCCUUAGGCGUGCAUGGACAAAACGUGUGCUCGGAGGCGCAAUACCAAUAUAUACCAACGAAUCACCCCGUGAAGCUAUUACCAGUACACAUGGAUCCCUACGUUGCCGACUAUAAUGUCAGCAUACCACCUAUACCCGAAUGCGUCAAAGGAGUCUCAGGUUUACACGCAAUAGUUUGCGACAAUGAUCAGCCGCCUAACACCACCUUCGUCAAUUGGAACACUCUCAUAGUUCACCGUACCGGAAGCCUGGCCGGCAAAGGAGUGGUUUAUAUUACAGCCUACUGUAUUGAGUGAUAAAUCUUGCCCACUACCCCUAAACUUGAUCUUUUCUCUUCAUUUCAUUUGUUAUGGUGAGUCCUGAGUGAGCGAUCUGACAACAAACAGUCGAUUUCCAACGUCUGUCUAUCAAAGUGGUCAGCAUCUAUCAAUUGGCCAACAUCUCUAAACUGUAAUGGCCAACAUCUGUCAUUUGUUGUGGCCAACAUCUGUCAUUCGUUUUUGCCAACAUCUGUCAUUUGUUGUGGCCAACAUCUGUCAUUCGUUGUGGCCAA